CUGAUGUCUUUCUAGAGCCGCGGCAUACCACCACGACCAAAGUACAGUAUAGGCAACUGUCUUCUAUGGGCAAGGUGCGACGCAGCGGAGGACCUCGACAAGGAGACACUCUUUACUAUCGCUCUCCGCGUCCGCAAGUCACUCAUACGCUAUCGAGAACCUGGCUACGCUGCCGCCGCUGAUGCGGCACAUGCAACGAGGGCUGUGGAAGCCAUCAACGCAGAGCUUGCCCAGGAUUUUAUACAGCGGCCGGGACACAUGGUGGUGAAUUCAACCUGGCGGUGAGCGCUGAAUAUAUUGCUC